UCAAGUACUCUGUUGAUGCGGCUGUGCUUACUUUUGAUCCCACGUCGCGAAACGACGCAGUCCUCGGGCUCGUCCUCGAAAUGUCUUUUCGUUCUCGCAAUUGAUUUCAAUUCAUAUCAUAUUUCCUUUCGUGCAGAACAUAAUUAUUUCACGAGCUUUGGAACAGAUCUUGUCUUUCAACAUCAUACUCAUGGCAGAGAUUGGCAUCAUUGCCAGUGGCAUGGGCGUAGCCUCGCUGGGCCUUCAGCUCAUGGACGGCGUUAGAAAAUUGAAACAAUUUUGGGACGAGGUCAAAGAAGCCUCCGAAGAUAUCCAAUAUGCCCUUGAAGAGCUCGAUGCACUAAGUCUGGUUCUUUCCGAUAUCCAUACAUCGAAUUCAAAUCUGCCAUCGAUUCCCUCGGCUACGGUCACAAGGUGCUUAGAGCUUUGUCGCCGUGGAACGGAUAUCCUCAAUACAACAGUGAAGGAUCUGAAUGGGGCUAUCUCCAAGCGGCGCAAGAUUGGUAGCGCGAAAGUGGUUUUGAAGCAAGACACACUCGAUAAAUUUCGGAAUCGGUUGAGGGAUGCGCAAUAUAUGCUUAUGCUUUCUCGGCAGACAUACUCGGACGCACUCCAAAUGGAAUACCACAAGCUUCAAAUAGAGGCAGUUCAAAAUAAUGCGAAUCGUCAGCUGCGGGGAUUCGAGGAGCUAAAGGUUUCCAUUAUACGUUCUACCAAUGUCAUGUCAAGUACCCUGCUUCAAUCACGCGAUGCUGUGGUUUAUGAUUAUGAGACGAAGAGACCCAUGAGAGGUAGAACACGAACGAAGCUUGAUAAGCAGGCUAAGCGCUUUCAGAAGAAGUUCAGCACUCCUCAGUUGUUUUCAUCCUCGAGCUAUACUUGGGAUUUCUCAGGGUAUCAAGCACCUUCAGGUUGGACAUUUAACUUCCGACAAUAUUAUACAGUCGGACGUAAUUCACCGACUUGGAUGUGUGUACUUCUUGGAGACGUAUCUGGACUUCAAGCAUUGUUUCAGAGCAAAAGGGCCACCCCAUUCGAUAGAAACCCCCGUGGCACUACGUUACUUGAUCUAGCUAGUUCGGAAGCAGAAUAUGAUAUGUGCCGUCUCCUACUUGAUCAAGGAGCAGAUCCAAAUGACUCUUUCAAGCUUGUGCUGCGGCUAUUGUAUCCAGUAUCUGAGGUUCACAAUCCACUCAACGAUCUCUCGAUUCCGCAUAUGGAUUGCGAAAAUCUAUCUUGGCUACUUAACAAAACUGAUCCGACAUUUAAUGAAUUGAGUUUGGAGGAGAGAAUGAUGUUGACAUUGAAACAUUGUUCCGAAUGGGAUUUUGUGAGGCACAGUAUAGUUGACAUUGUAUCACUAAUGCUUCACAAGGAUCCGCUGAACGAAGUUUGCUGCAAAAUGACUUUCAGAUGUUCUCGGAAACGUCUUCAUACUUUUCUAUCAAUUGAGCAGCGUUGUUUCCUUCAGCUCUUACACAUCGCGUUGGAAGGAAAUGAGGAAUUGGGGAAUUGCCUUGGCUCAACCCAGCCAAGAAUUGGGAAAGCAGAAUUCGAAUUGGGUGGCCGAUUUUCAAAGACCGAAUUCUCUAAAUCAAUCGAAUUUUUAAAGCGCCUCAUCGUCGCAGGCUCAGACAUUCGUCGUGGGAAAUUUUUGUUCUCAUCGUUGGUAAGCAUUCCUCGGGAUCACGCCGGUGAUUUAUUCCAGUCAUGGAUAUGCACAGUUUCUCAAAGGCUUUGGCUCGAGAUACUGCACGAUUCUGGCAUUGAUUUGCUGAAAUACGGUAAAGUAGAGCAUGAUAAAUUGCUGGAGAUUAGCAUAGCAUGGGAGUGCUACGUGUACCCUCAGGAAAUCUUUGAUACUGGUGCACAUCUUAUAAGCUUUGUCUAUGGACCAGCUCCUGAGGACUGGAAAUUCUGGUAUUCAUUGGACGAACCGUAUCGGAACUACUACAAAAACUUCCGGGAUUUCUGGGAACUAGUUGAUCAUCCAGAAAGAGGGAUGCCUGGGGCUUGGGAGGAGUAUUGA